GAAUUUGAAAUAUUCUGUGCUUGAAUGGGGCACGUUCUGUAGUUACGUUGCGUUGAGGGGAAGAGGAAGGCGAUAAGGGUUGGCGCGACGAUCUCGACCUCUGUGGAGAGGGGCAAAGCACUGCGAAUGGAAGCAGGACAGCCGCCACUGCGCCGCUGCCCUCCUCACACCUCGUCUCAACCACUCCGCAUUUUAGCUGCGGUACUUGUUAAGUUACAGCACAGAGUAUCUGAAUGGUCGUCCCGGAAUUGCACUGCACUUCAUAAAAUAUCGAUAGCCAACAAGAAAAAGUUGGCAGCACUGUCGGCGCCCGCCUUGACGUUGCGUGCGUUGCGUUGCAGGAAGCAGCUCCCGGAGGACGCGGCCGAGCUGCCCAACUACCGCUACCUGGAGGACAUCCUGGAGCAGCUGGACGCCGCGCACGACGUCGAAAUGAGGUACGAAAAGCUGCGUUUAGAUUGGAAGCACGAUGAUACGUCUCCUCUGAAACUUAUUAAUUAG